CGAGAGCAGCUCUGCUCCGUGGCGGGGCUGCGGCGCUGCGCGGGGGCCAUGGCCUGGCCCUGCAUCAGCCGUGUGUGCUGCCUGGCCCGCUUUUGGAACCAGCUGGACAAGUCGGACCUGUCCGUACCACUCACCAUCCACAACUACUCGGACAUUGAGGAGCAGGACGAGAGCGGGGGCCCCGCGCCGCCCGACACCCUGGCUGUCAAGAGGUCGGGCAAGGGGGGCUCUCACAGGAAGGACCCGGCCGGGGCCGCCGCUGAGCCCUUCGCCGCCAAGACCCAGUACCAGCAGGACUUCCGAGCAUGGCCGCUUCAGAAGCGGGAUGCAUUCCCCUGGAUUGGCACCCGUGGCGACUGCAGGAGGAACGGGGCCCCUGGCACCUCGCAGCCCGCGCCAAGCGCCUCCGUCUACGUCCUGCCCGCCAGCGUCAGGGAGGAGAGGCUCGAGGCGAGCAGGUACAGCGGCUUCACGCAGCUAUGGCCCCGCUCACAAGGGGACAGCGGCCACACCACCUCAUACAGGCAAGAAUAUCGCCCAUGGACUGGAGCAAAACCAUCCAAACCUAUAAAGACAAAGCAAGGCUUCAUUAUCCCCGAAGAACAUUUUGUUCAAGAGACAAGCUACAAGGCAGAUUUUAAGAUUCCAGAAGCGAAGACCAAGUUCUCUCCCAAUCCUUCUGCUGUUUUCCAGGCACCAUCGCAGAUCCUCAACGUGUGAAUCUGGACCCCGUGCACAUCCAGGCAGCUUCAACGUGGGCUGUUAAGAUGUAUCACUAUGCAAUUUUUAUGAGGAGUGUUAUGAUCAAAGAACCAAUAUUAUCAAAAGCAGCUCCAGUGAUUAAAGAUACGUACACACACUUUCUGUUAACACACAAACUGCAAAGCACUUGACUCAGAACUGGCAAAACACUCAGCAAGGAGUGACCUAGAUUUUCACAGAAACGGGUUCAUUACUAUGCCAGCUGGUAUUAUAUGAGGAGAUUGACUUUGGGCAACAAAGCCUGUAUUGCAGGCAACAUUCCUACGCUUAACUACACAGGCUAGGAGGGAAAAUUCUCACAAACAGGAUAGAUAAUUAAAACCAAAAAGAGUCUUAUUUAACAACACCCUCUAAAAUAGGCCAGUGAAAGAUCGGAAGUGUCUGGCUGACUUCUGAGCUUCUUGGUUUAUUUUUCUUUUUUAAGAUAGGAAGCUGGAAAGCUGAGUAUUUCCAAAACUGGACAAUUGACAGAGAAGCAAGAGGGGACUGAAUUUCUGAAGAUAGCCCUGAAAAUAAGGCACCAACUUGGUUCAGAGAUUAGAGCAUGGAUGGAGUCAGCUAGAUACCGCCAGACUCCUCAGGAGCAAAUGUAAAACAUUUAUGUAAUUUGUAGAGUUGUGCUUGGGGCAAGUGUAAAUACUGUACAUGGAUUUUAGCUAAAGCAACUUAUGAUCCUUUAAUGAAAAGGAUAUGCUUGUACUUUUAGUAAAUGUUAACUCUUUGCAUAUGCAAGGUAGAAAAAUAUAUUGCCUUGAAAUUCCUGAAUUAUUGCCUGUAUAUGGUAAUGCUAAUACUAAGAACAACCAGAAGUGAAUGUUACGUAGAAACUUUUAAAAAGUAGAAUGUAAGACAUCCUUCAUUUCUAAGAUAGUCUAUCUGAAGUGUCAUUAUCCUAAAGCUGAUUUUUUAGACCGACGUGGAUUUAACUUUUGCUGAAGUAUUUGUGUUUUGAGAAACCCUUUUCUAAGCCUUUGUUCAUCCUGUAGUAGGUUUCAAGUUUCUAUCUCAAGGAUUUAUGUAACAUUAUUAGUCCACUACUUAUUUAAUGCUUUUCCUAAUUACUCUAGGGGAAAACAAAGGAAAUAGAAAAGCUUUAACUUUGUGUAUUGGAAAUAUGUCUGCUAGAAUGAAAGGAAACUGUAUCAUCCAACUUGAAUAACGAUCAUUCACCUGUAAUGAAAUGUACUUCAACACAGGAGGAUUUUUUCCUUAACCUUCUAGCGCUAGUCAAAGUCAAAUUUACUGAACUUCUGGGACUCUGCAAACACAUAUCAAUGGCUGAUAACUCCUAUAAGAACAAUUUUUGAACUGCUGGCAUGUGGAUUAUACUUGAAACUUAUGCAGACUGCAUCUUCUCAUUGCAUUAUGUGAUGAUUUAAAUGGAGCCAUCUCUGUUAGUUAUUUGAACAGGACUUAAGAAUUUAGACUAAGCACAACUACAGGUAAUAUCCUCAGUAAGCUGUUUGGUGGGGGGACAAGGAAUGCAAUUUCUCACACUUGUCCUUUCAUUUGGACCCAGAGGAACAUACAGUAACACCAGUACUUGCCAAAAAAAUUUUCUGUAAAGUCUCAUUUUUCAGGAAUUUCACCGAACCAUUCAAAUUCGACUACAGAUUUUGCAUGUUAGAUGUUUCUAAGAAAGAAUUCAAUUUGCUUGAUUAAUCACUUUAUAAUGUUUUUAACAGUUC